UUGAAGCAGCGUGAAACGUCGGUACCUUUACCUGAAUAAAGUUACAUGUAUUACCUACAUGAAUUUAAUAAUUUUGUUUUUAUUAAAUUAUUGUAUGAAUCAUGGGUAUUGUAAGACACGUUGUAUGUGCGAUGUCAGGCGGUGUGGACAGCUCUGUCUCUGCCCUUCUGCUGAAGCGGAGAGGUUACCACGUGACCGGCGUGUUCAUGAGAAACUGGGACUCUCUGGAUGAGCGAGGCGUGUGCAACUCGGAGCAAGACUGCGAAGAUGCGUACAGAGUGUGCCAGAUGUUGGACAUACCUUUUCACCAGGUCUCCUACGUGAAAGAAUACUGGCAUGAAGUGUUCAGUAAUCUGUUGAAGGAAUACCAGAAGGGGAGGACACCCAACCCAGACAUCAUGUGCAACAAGCACAUUAAAUUCAAACACUUCUUCCAGUACGCCAUAAACACCUUGGGUGCUGACGCCAUGGCGACAGGCCACUAUGCCAGGACGUCCCAGGAGGAUGAAGAGGUGUUUCAGCAGAGGCAUGUUCCCUCACCCAAAACGCUCUUCAGAGAUCGCUUUGAGAUCAGAAACCCUGCCAGACUGUAUCAGGGAGCUGACCGCUUGAAGGACCAGACGUUUUUCCUCAGUCAGAUCUCCCAGAGUGCACUGCGGCGGACGGUUUUCCCACUUGCGGGACUCACCAAGGACUAUGUGAAGAAGAUGGCUGCAGAAGCACGAUUCCAACAUGUCCUGAAGAAGAAGGAAAGUAUGGGGAUCUGUUUUAUUGGAGAGAGAAACUUUGAGGACUUCAUACUAGAGUACUUGGAGCCCCAGCCUGGGAAUUUCGUCUCAGUUGAAGAUGGGAAGAUCAUGGGACAACACAAAGGCUGGUUCACCUUGACGCUGGGGCAAAGGGCGAGGAUUGGGGGACAGAGGGAUGCCUGGUUCGUGGUGGACAAGGACAUCACCACGGGGGACGUGUUCGUGGCCCCGACCACCAACCACCCGGCGCUGUUCAGGGACACGCUGCGGACCGACCGCUUCCACUGGAUCGCCGAGGAGCCGCCGGCCGAGCUGGUCCGCAGCAGCAUGAUGGAGUGCCACUUCCGCUUCCUGCACCAGAUGCCUCUCAGUCCUUGCACUGUGACUCUGAAUGCAGACGGGUCCGUUUGGAUAACCAUGAUCCAGCCAGUGAGAGCCCUUACACCUGGCCAGUUCGCAGUGCUGUAUAAGGGUGAUGAGUGUCUGGGCAGCGGGAAGAUCGUACGCUUGGGCCCCACAGAAUACACCCUGCAGCUGGGCCGAGACCGCCUGAGAGGUGCCCCCUCUGACCCCGACUGCACCCCAGAACCCGUCAGCUGAAGAAACACAGAUCCAGGUUUAUAAGACGGUGUAACUACUCCUUAAACUGGGCUGAAUGAUAAAUAACCACAUCCGAUGUGGGAGAGUGACUGUAAUUACUAGGGAAACAAUGUACUGGACAAACAUAUUGAGAGGUUUUACUCUAGUAUGAGAGAUCAUUUUGUCUGUACUGUUUAACAGUGAACAUACUGUUUUGUAUAAAUAUUCGGCACACAUGGUCAUGCAUUGCAGUGUAUUGAAUAUUUUGAGCGUUUAGAAUAUGUGUCUAAUUUCUUCUGGUUGCAACAACAACAUUGGUGUCCAAGAUACCGUUCACCAUAUUUGGUGAGGAGCAGAAAAUGGAUUUCAUUUUCUUACAGUAGCUUUAAUGUAAAUUGAAAACACGUUUUUAUAUAUAUCAAAAUGAACAGUUUAAAGUGCCUUUUUUUUCCUUUUUCAUACUGUUUUACAUUGCCGUUUGUGGACUAGGGAAACAAUGUGUAAAUUGUUUAGCUUAACUUGAACAGGCAACUGAAGCUGUUGGAGUCUCGUAAAUAUCGGUUCAUUAGAGGGACACAUGACAGUAUUUCAAGUAGA